AUGAUCCCCAGCCUGGGGCCUCCGGCGAUGAUCCACGCAGCAACGGUCCCCAGCCCGGGGCCUCCAGCGACAGUCCCCAGCCCGGGAUCUCCGGCGAUGAUCCGCAGUCCAGAGCCUCAGCCGAUGAUCCACGGGAACCGCACGGUUCUGGACACGCGGCCGGGGACGCGUCCCGCAUGGGCUAUCACGGUACUGGCCAGCGUGCUGAUCUUCACCACGGUGGUGGAUGUCUUGGGCAACUUGCUGGUUAUCAUUUCAGUGCUUAGGAACCGGAAACUUAGAAAUGCGGACAGCUGGGAUGGUGAUGACUAUGACAGUAAUGAUGGUGAUGACUAUGACAGUAAUGAUGGGGAUGACUAUGACAGUAAUAAUGGGGAUGACUAUGACAGUAAUGAUGGGGAUGACUAUGACAGUAAUGAUGGGGAUGACUAUGACAGUAAUGAUGGGGCUGACUAUGACAGUAAUGCUGGGGAUGACUAUGACAGCUACAGUAAUGAUGGGGAUGACUAUGACAGUAAUGAUGGGGAUGACUAUGACAGUAAUGAUGGGGAUGACUAUGACAGUAAUGAUGGGGAUGACUAUGACAGUAAUGAUGGGGAUGACUAUGACAGUAAUGAUGGGGAUGACUAUGACAGCUGUGAUGGGGAUGACUAUGACAGCUGUGAUGGGGAUGACUAUGACAACAGUAAUGAUGGGGAUGACUAUGACAGUAAUGAUGGGGAUGACUAUGACAGUAAUGAUGGGGAUGACUAUGACAGUAAUGAUGGGGAUGACUAUGACAGUAAUGAUGGGGAUGACUAUGACAGUAAUGAUGGGGAUGACUAUGACAGUAAUGAUGAGGAUGACUAUGACAGUAAUGAUGGGGAUGACUAUGACAGUAAUGAUGGGGAUGACUAUGACAGUAAUGAUGGGGAUGACUAUGACAGUAGUGAUGGGGAUGACUAUGACAGUAAUGAUGGUGAUGACUAUGACAGCUGUGAUGGGGAUGACUAUGACAGUAAUGAUGGGGAUGACUAUGACAGUAAUGAUGGGGAUGACUAUGACAGUAAUGAUGGGGAUGACUAUGACAGUAAUGAUGGGGAUGACUAUGACAACGUUGAACAAGGCCAUCCCCGCCUUCCCUUCAGUAAUAAUGGGGAUGACUAUGACAGCUGUGAUGGGGAUGACUAUGACAGUAAUGAUGGGGAUGACUAUGACAGUAAUGAUGGGGAUGACUAUGACAGUAAUGAUGGGGAUGACUAUGACAGCUGUGAUGGGGAUGACUAUGACAGUAAUGAUGGGGAUGACUAUGACAGUAAUGAUGGGGAUGACUAUGACAGUAAUGAUGGGGCUGACUAUGACAGUAAUGCUGGGGAUGACUAUGACAGCUGUGAUGGCGAUGACUAA